AGCUGCAAAUGAAAAAAAUUCACAACUUUUUUCAUUACCAUUAAAACAACACCAUAAUGAGCAAGGCAUUAUUGUAUAGAAUGCUCCUUGUUAUGGGGUUGGUUCAAUCAAUCUAUGGGCAUCAAGUUUAUAGAGUGGGUGAUGAACAAGGUUGGAACCCAAAUGUUGACUACAAGGCAUGGUCUGCUGGAAAGACAUUCCAUUUGGGUGAUGUUCUUGAGUUUAACUAUAAAGAAGGCUUAGAAGUGCAAGAGGUGACAGCUAAGAACUUCGAGGCUUGUAAUAAUGACAAUGUCAUAUUUGAAGACCAUACAGGAAAAACCUUCAUUCCUCUUCGUUGUACAGGAUCUCAUUACUUCACUUGUGGUGUGUAUAACUAUUGUAAAGAGGGCAUGAAACUAAACAUAACAGUUACUUGAUAGGCAUAGUAAUUAGGAAAGAUUAUCGAAUCCUACAAGUUAGAGAUGUAAUAUCUUUCCAGGAAUUUUUUGUAACAAAUUGCCUAUUUUGUUAAAUGAAAUUGGUUUCCGAUUGGAAGUAUCUGGUUUCUCAUCCAUCACAGUUUUUUUGAGAUUGAUAUCAAAUAAAUGAAGCUAGGGAUUAUUCAUGUCAAGACAAUAUCCAUCAUUUGAAUUUAUUUAAACACAUUUAUAUUUUUU